GUUGUCUCUUAUCGUCGAUUUCCAUUCCUCAUGGUCCUCGUUCAUCAAUGUUUUCAUCAAGACGAUAGGGAAAUGGCCUUGCUCUUAUUCUUACACCCCUUCAAUACCAUGCCUUGGAGGACGGCCUCUUGAACUCAGUAUUUUAGGUAGAGCUUCCCCUAUGUAUGGCGCCGAAAACUAUAGGGGGGAAGUGUGUAACCCCCUUGCCCAUGGAACGGCUUGCGUGCAGUCUUGCCAGAGGUUGUCGCCCGCAUCGGGGGCCCGGGAAAACGACGGCAAAAGUCGGGCCUCCCAAACUCGAUCCCUUCACGAGGUCACACAGUGGCCAAUCCCCGGGUAUCCUGAAAUCGCUCUUGUUGAGAUGAUGCUCAAGGAGUAAAGCGGCGGAAUCAUACCCUUAUGAAGGCAUCAGAGUGUGGUUGAGGUUGGCAAUUAGGAUCCUCAAUUCCUGGUCCGAUUUCAUGGUUUUCACACCUCGACCGGGUGGGAUCGGGAACCGGGUUACCGAGCUUUGUCGGCGGUUCAUACUGACAUCAUCUAAGUCUCUGGGCAAGUCCUCUGUUGGCUGGCCAAAAAAAUCGAAGCCGGGGUUACGCACUUUCCCUCCAAGGCUUCACACCAUACCCUCCCUGAGCGUAAUCUUAAAAAAGCAGGGGAGGUGUUAGCGGCUAGCGUGUGGCUGGUGCUACAUUCUCACGGUCCAGCCACUGCCUGCACCAGCCUCGCACUAUACCCAAUAUUGGACUUGCUUCAAGCUUUCACUGUCGUACAUCCGCAAGAACUGGAAUAUUGAACCUUGCGCAGAGGCGUCUCGAGUUCCCUCUCAAGAUAAAGGGGGGAAUCGUCCCGGAGGAAACUGACUUCGGGACGAAUAAGAACACAACAGGCUUUACUAGGAGAGGCAGCUUCAAUGUUCCAGUGUGGGGUUCAAUGAUUGUCACGUCCCGCUAUUCCGGAUCUCGAUAAUCCAGAUACCUAUCUAGCCAGUCUAAACCUCUAUAAGUCCCAACUUUCUUUGCACCAAAGCCUGACAUGUUGUCCUGGAUCCCCCGCUGUACCGGAUAGAUUCUCUGAAUUUUCGCCGUCCGGGGUAGUGGGGUGCGGCCGCAUCCUAGCUCUUACGGUAAUCACUGGGUACGCCAAUCCCACGAUGUCUACGGGCCGUUGUGGGACUGAAAGUCUCCCUCAAACCCUCAGAGCGUCUGCUUACAGCUGUGAGAGAUCCCUGAAUUCCACUUUGGCAGAGCGGUCCCGGGUCGCCCAUGAAAACUAGGGAAAAGUUGCAACCUUUCCGAGGUAGUCGGCCACCCUCGGAACGCUUCACCAUGGCAACUGAACGGUCCCAACAAAUACCACGAAAACGAAGUGAGAAGCCCCCAACAAAUGGGGCCCGUGGCCGGAACCUGCCUGCCCAGAGGGAGGAGCUUAUGUAACAUCUCUUCACGUAAUCAAACCCCAACAACGUCGUACUAGAAAAUCGUUAUGUCUAUCCCCGAAUCUCCCCCAUCGAUGGGGCAAAUGGUUCAUACUCUCUCCAAGUUUUCCUUCCUGCCCGGGAGCGAUUACGCCUCCCCGAUGACGUCUGGCACCUACCGCUCCCCGGGGUCCCGCAAUCGUUUGGAAAGCCUCGACUUGCUGUCGAUACUCCUGGUGACCGAGAGUAGCGAUGAUGUAGCCGCAAUCUCAAUAUAUAGAACAGCGGCGGACCGCAUCGAGUUGUGGUACUCGAAGGACCGGCCUUGCACGGAGAUCGAGAAGGCCAAUAUCACGAAAUUUAUCCAAUCCGCCGCACGGACUGCUCACUUAUCAAAACCGGCAAGGGAAGACCUCCUCCGCAUUGCCCUGAGAAUGUGCAAACGCAAGGUCUUCGCAUGCAUCUACGAGGCCCGCCAUCUCAUGGUACGCUUUUCCCGGGACGGCAGUUACGGGAUCAUUCCGAGAGCCUCCCAGGCUGAUCAUGAUCUCCGGGAUGCGGCAACGAUAAAAUUGCGUCGUAUCCUUGGGGAAAAUGACUUCCCGUCCGGGAGGUCUCUAGAGGCCUUUCUGACCCUGUUGUUUCAAGCGAUCAUCCUGGCGAUCCGGCCAGGUGUCCCGUUCGACAUAGCAGCGAACGUGGAGUUUUAUUUCGAAGCAGUUAUUAGGUGUCAUGCCCUGCUUCAGGUGCCUGUAAUUGAUACGGUGAUUGAGGGCACUUUGCUUGGGAGGCUGAUGGAGAUUGCGGAUUAUUAUACCGCUGUGGCUAUCGCCCAUCGGGAAAUUCAGAAACUCAGUCCAGGUGGGAAGGCAUAUCUUAUUCGUAGUAUCAGAGAGAUACCCCCAUCAUCCCCCACCACCUACUUGACCCCCCCAGACCCACUCACCUGCCUAAACCACUGGGCCCGCUACCGCGGCCUAACCCUUUCCUCCUCCUCCUCCCCUUCUUCUCUCCCUGCUUUCCCGGGCAAAACCCAAAUACGCGAAUGUACCCACCCCGAAGCCACCCUAAUCACCAAAAUCAUUUCCGCACACAAAUCCUCCCCUACCGUGUUACGUGACAUCGGUUCUAGCAGAAUAUCCUGCUGGAUCUGUCAGGAAUUCUCGGCUGCGGCGUGCGACCUGUACCCGGGUAUUUGUAUCAGGUUGUCGAGGGAAAUGCUCGCAACUGCGGGCUCUUGGAAGUUUCCGGUUGAUACACCGGCUUGCCUUGUGCUUGCCUUGACUAGGAGGGUCGAGAGGGCUAUGGGGAUGGUGUUUGAAGGGGUUGAUAGUCUGGGUGGGAUAGGGCGGGGGGUCAAGAGGAAGAUUGGGGAAAUGGAAGGGUAGGGUGGAUUGGUGGGUGGGGCAGUUUUGGGGGGCUGUUUUAAUGGGUUAAUUUUUGUUCGAUGUUUUUCCUUUCUUUUUUUUGGUUAUGGUUUGCAUGAUACUAGGAGUAGGGUGGAUUAGCAGGUGGGUGGUUUUUUGGGGUUUUAUCGAUUACUUCUUGCUCGAUGUUUUUUUUUUUUUUCUGGUUACGGUUUGUAUGGUUCGUGCAAUCCAAAACGUACACCGGGAAUUAGCAUUCUUAAAUGAUCGUGCCCCUCCGCCGAGUGAAAAUAUUACUACCCCCACUACUGGGUUAUUAUUGGGAAUACUAAA